AAGCAAGCGGUCACGUGAGAGCUGAUUUUUCUCGCAGCGGGUAGCGGUAGCCCUGUCCCUGACCUGAUCCUGACCCGUGCGGGCGUGCGGCUCCUCGCGGACAGCUCCAGACUCCAGAGCCGCCUCUUCGCCCUCUCGCCAUCGGCAGGCUACGGUGGCUGCUUCCCCGAGCCUGCAGAUCGGGUGGUAGAUCUGGUUGGCCUAGUCGCUGUCGGAUGCAGUUGCCGAGCUAGGUCGCGGCUGCGCGGCGGCGGUCGGGGUCUUGCGUCGCCAGAUCUGGAUAGGAAAACGCCGCGCACAAGCUGAGCUAAAUUCUGUUCGAUUCGAGUUCUUAUAGGGGUUCUUGUGGCUGCGUGUUUUGAAUUUUUUCCCACUGGUUCUGGGGUGCCGAGAAAGGGAAUCGUGGCUGACUCUUGUUGCCGUCGUCGAGCCAGAUCUGGUAGACCACCUUGUGUUGAUUCCUCGAGUCUUCACCUGGUGCUUCCGUUUGCAGCUUCAUUUUUAACUAAGUCUGUAAUUUAUUGGCUGUUUAUCUGAGUGACACUACACUCUCUGUUUUUUCUUAUUAGAUGUCACAAGCCAAGGAAGUGAGGUACACUGCACGGUCUAUUACACCUCCUGCUGAUAGAAAUGGCACUUCAAGGUCGCCUCCUCCAAAGAGACGCAGCCCUUCAAGGUCACCUCCACCAAAGAGUGCUUCACGGUCCCCACGUCCAAGGAGUCCAAAGAGACGCAGCACUUCAAGGUCUCCUCCUAGGAGACGUGGUAGAUCAAGGUCAAGGGAUAGGAGUCGGUCCAGGAGCCCAGAUGAUAGAAAUCCAGGGAAUAACCUUUAUGUAACUGGAUUGUCUACUCGUGUAACGGAAGAUGAUCUUGAGAAGUUCUUUAGUAAAGAAGGAAAGGUUAAGAACUGUCAUGUUGUUCUUGAUCCUAGGACAAAAGAAUCCCGUGGCUUUGCCUUCGUGACUAUGGAUACUCUUGAAGGUGCAAGACGCUCCAUCAAGUAUCUGCACCGCACUGUACUUGAAGGUCGCCUGGUCACUGUAGAGAAGGCUAAAAGAACUCGUGAAAGGACCCCUACUCCUGGAAAAUACUGUGGUCGAAGAGGAGGAUCUCAAAGGAGCCCAUCACCUUACCGCCCUCGCAGAAGGGAGCGUUCGCGCUCAAGGGAACGCAGAAGGGAGCGUUCGCGUUCAAGGGAUCGAAGGGAGCGGUCUCGCUCAAGGGAUCGAAGGGAGCGGUCUCGCUCAAGGGAACGCCGAAGGGAGCGGUCUCGUUCAAGGGACCGCAGGGAGAGGUCUCGCUCAAGGGACCGCCGGAGGGAGCGCUCACGCUCAAGGGACCGCAGAAGGGAGCGCUCACGCUCAAGGGACCGGAGGGGCAGUUCACCCCAUGGCAGAAGGCAUAGAGAUCGGUCCAGGUCACCCACCAGCAAUGGGAACCAUAAGGCAGACUAGGAAGCGCUUUUAUGGACUUGUCGUUGAUUGCGUGAACAAAGGAACUUGUAACACUACCUAUAAACUGGUCAGACUGAGACGGUUAGCAUGGAUUUUUAGUAGUGUUGCUGUAUUUUGUUGUUUCAUACAAGUACUCUAUUCUGUUAGCUUUCGGAUCGAAAUGUCGGAUGAUGAUGGUUGUUAUUGUUCUGGAAAUCGUAGACAUGUCCUCCAGAAUACCUAUGAAACUAUGGCAUACUCGUGUGUUUGCUUAA